UCCUUAAUGCAGACAACAUGGCGGACUAAAAGAUACGGCUGACCCGCCCGGAUACAGCGAAUAAACAGUUGGAUUCACGCCCCCUAUGCUCAAGGAAGACGGAGAGACACCAAUUUGUUAGAAACACCCUCGGGAACAUUGAGGAAUUUUUGGGACCGUUCUAGUCAUUCGUUAACAUAAACAUACUUGCGAUCUGUUGCCUCCAAAUUGGCGGUCUGUCCCAGAUCGUUCAUAUCACCCAGGCCCCCCACCCCACAUACACACACUUGGUUCCUGGGGUGUGAAGACAGGGGCUGGGGUUAAGAACGUGGAAAAAAAGGAAGAAAGGAAUUGCACAACUGUAAAUAUUCAGGAUUGUGCACAACCAAACGGAAGUCGUGGACCACACUGUGCGAAUGAGUGAUUGAUGCCAAAUUCGCUCCUUAAGGGCAGUAUGGGUGUGUGUCCCCUGCUCCUGCUGCUCAGUGUGGCCCUCGGGGUCUCUGUCUCAGCCCAGGGACCAUCUCUCAUCCCCGCAGAAGGUCCAGUCUCCACUGCCAAACCCACGGAUUCUCCAGCCACCACCCUCCACAAUGUUCCAGUGGCAACAACCACCACCCCUCCAACAGCCGCAACGACACUGACAACAACCAGCACCGCAGAGGGGAACAUAUUGACUGCAGGCCCCAAUGUCACCCAGGUGCCCAUUCCCCCUCCACCACCCCCUGGCCCCACCAUAGCCCCACAAGUCCCCACGGGUGCAACCACUGCUCCGCAACCACCCCCUGCUCCGACUACGCUCAGUCGGGGUGGGGAGAAUGGGACCACACUCUCUGCUCCGGACAGUCACACAGACCCCUCGCUGGAGACCACCAUAGAACCUACGGUGGAAGCCACGUCGCCCGACACUACUAGUGACACUACAACAGGUCGUGGAGAAGACGGCACAGACCAAAAUACGCAAUCAGAUGACACGCCCAUCAUUGCGGUGAUGGUGGCUCUGUCAUCCCUGCUCGUCAUCGUCUUCAUCAUCAUCAUCCUCUAUAUGCUCAGGUUUAAGAAGUACAAGCAGGCCGGCAGCCAUUCCAACUCCUUCAGGCUGACCAACGGUAGAUCAGAUGAUACAGAGCUCCAGAGUGUGCCGCUAUUGGCCCGCUCGCCUAGCACCAACAGGAAGUACCCACCCCUUGUUGUUGACAAGCUGGAGGAGGAUAUGAAUCGUCGCAUGGCUGAUGACAACAAGCUCUUCCGGGAGGAGUUCAAUGCGCUGCCGGUGUGUCCCAUCCAGGCAUCAUGCGACGCGGCCUCUAAGGAGGAGAACAAGGAGAAGAACCGAUACGUCAACAUCCUGCCAUAUGACCACUCCAGGGUGCAUCUGUCGUCUCUAGAGGGAGUUCCAGACUCUGACUUCAUCAAUGCGUCCUUCAUCAACGGUUACCAAGAGAAGAACAAGUUCAUUGCAGCUCAAGGGCCAAAGGAGGAGACGGUAAACGACUUCUGGAGAAUGAUCUGGGAACAGAACACUGCCACCAUCGUGAUGGUGACCAACCUGAAGGAGAGAAAAGAGAAAUCCAUACAGCGGCAAUCUCUCUGUGUGUCUCAGUGUAAGUGUGCCCAGUACUGGCCUGACCAGGGCUGCUGGACCUACGGCAACAUCCGGGUCUCUGUGGAAGACAUGAUGGUGCUGGUGGACUACACCAUCCGCAAGUUCUGCAUCCAACAGGUGGGGGAUGUGGGGGGUAAGAAGCCCCAGCGGCUGGUGACCCAGUUCCACUUCACCAGCUGGCCAGACUUUGGCGUUCCCUUCACACCCAUCGGCAUGCUUAAGUUCCUCAAGAAGGUCAAGACCUGCAACCCCCAGUACUCCGGCCCCAUCGUGGUCCACUGCAGUGCGGGGGUGGGGAGGACAGGUACCUUCAUAGUGAUAGACGCCAUGUUGGAUAUGAUGAACACCGAGAGGAAGGUGGACGUCUUUGGCUUCGUCACGCGCAUCAGAGCCCAGCGCUGCCAAAUGGUCCAGACCGACAUGCAAUACGUGUUCAUCUUCCAGGCCAUGCUGGAGCACUACCUGUACGGAGACACAGAGCUGGAGGUGACCUCCCUGGAGUCCCACCUGGCUAAGCUCUACGCCCCCUCCGCCGCCGGCUGUGGGGGCAUGGAAGCAGAGUUCAAGAAGCUGACCUCCAUCAAGAUCCAGAACGACAAGAUGAGGACGGGCAACCUGCCGGCAAACAUGAAGAAGAACAGAGUUCUCCAGAUCAUCCCAUACGAGUUCAACAGAGUGAUCAAUCCAGUCAAGAGAGGGGAGGAGAGCACGGAUUAUGUCAACGCUUCCUUCAUUGAUGGCUACCGUCAGAAGGACUCGUACAUGGCCAGUCAGGGCCCGCUGCAGCACACCAUCGAAGACUUCUGGAGGAUGAUCUGGGAGUGGAGGAGCUGCUCCAUAGUCAUGCUCACUGAGCUGGAGGAGAGAGGACAGGAAAAGUGUGCUCAGUAUUGGCCCAGUGACGGGGUGAUGGUGUGUGGUGACCUCUCCAUCGAGCUGAAGAGGGAGGAGGAGAGUGAGAGCUACACUGUUAGAGACCUCCUGGUUACCAACAACCGGGAGAACAAGGCUCGUGCGGUGAGGCAGUUCCAUUUUCAUGGCUGGCCGGAGGUGGGCAUCCCCAGCGACGGAAAGGGGAUGAUCAACAUCAUCGCCGCGGUCCAGAAGCAGCAGCAACAAUCUGGCAACCACCCCAUCACUGUCCACUGCAGUGCGGGCGCGGGGCGGACGGGGACCUUCUGUGCCCUGAGCACGGUCCUGGAGCGGGUGAAGGCUGAGGCCAUCCUGGAUGUCUUUCAGACUGUCAAGAGCCUCCGGCUGCAGAGGCCCCACAUGGUGCAGACACUGGAGCAGUACGAGUUCUGCUACAAAGUGGUCCAGGAGUAUAUCGAUGCCUUUUCUGACUACGCCAACUUCAAGUAGGGACCCACACAGGGGACGGACAUCCGUACGCAGUCAUAAACACACACCAAACCCACACGUACCGGACGGAAAGAAAACUAACUGUUCACGGCUUAGAUGACUGGGCAGCCUGCGUGCACAGAGGAAAAGGGAAUUGAAGUUUUGUGACGGAGCCAAGUGCAGCGCUGCAGUGUACCGGAGGGAGUGAAUAUCAGAGAUGCCUUCUUGAAUAUUUUGUAAUAUUGAGCUUGUUAAUACGGGCCCCUUGUCCCUAUCCCCCCCCCCCCCCCCCACACAUCUAUCCCACCCACAUCGACACUCCCCAAUCCACCCAAUGUACAUAUACUGUACUUACCCUGUCACAUUUGGGGGUUUUGUUUUUAGGUCAAGUUUAAGUUUGGCUGCAUUUUUAGGGUGACAUAAUGUGUUUUAUGGGUAUGUGUGUGUACAUAGACCGUGCCAGUCAAAGGUUUGGACACACUUACUCAUUCAAGGGUUUUUCUUUAUUUGUUCUUUAUUUUCUACAUUGUAGAAUAAUAGUGAAGACACAAACUAUGAAGUAACACAUAUGAAAUCAUGUAGUAACCAAAAAAGUGUGAAACAAAUCAAAAUAUAUGGUAUAUUUGAGAUUCUUCAAAGUAGCCAUCCUUUACCUUGAUGACAGCUUUGCAAACUCUUGGUGUUUGUCUUAACCUGGAAUGCUUUUCCAACAGUCUUGAAGGAGUUCCCACAUAUGCUGAGCACUUGUUGGCUGCUUUUCCUUCACUCUGCGGUCCAACUCCUCCCAAACCAUCUCAACUGGGUUGAGGUCAGGUGAUUGUGGAGGCCAGGUCAUCUGAUGCAGCACUCCAUCACUCUCAUUCUUGGUCAAAUAGCCCUUACAUAGCCUGGAGGUGUGUGAGGUCAUUGUCCUGUUGAAAAACAAAUGAUGGACUCACUAAGCGCAAACCAGAUGAGAUGGCGUAUCACUGCAGAAUGCUGGUUACGCGUGCCUUGCAUUCUAAAUAAAUCACUGACAGUGUCACCAGCAAAGCACCAUCACACCACCUCCUCCAUGCUUCAUGGUGGGAACCAUACAUGCAGAGAUCAUCUGUUCACCUACUCUGCGUCUCACAAAGACACGGCGGUUGGAACCAAAAAUCUCAACUUUGGACUCAUCAGACCAAGGGACAAAUUUCCACCGGUCCAAUGUCCAUUGCUCGUGUUUCUUGACCCAAGCAAGUCUCUUCUUCUUAUUGGUGUCCUUUAGUAGUGGAUUCUUUGCAGCAAUUCGACCAUGACGGCCUGAUUCAUGCAGUCUCCUCUGAAGAGUUGAUGUUAUGAUGUGUCUGUUACAUGAACUCUGAAGCAUUUACUAUUGCUGCAAUCUGAGGCUUGUAACUCUAAUAAACAUAUCCUCUGCAGCAGAGGUAACUGGGUUUUCCUUUCCUGUGGCGGUCCUCAUGAGAGCCUGUUUUGCCAUAGCGCUUGAUGGAUUUUGCAACUGCACUUUAAAACUUUCAAAGUUCUAGAAAUGUUCUGGAUUUCCUGACCUUCGUGUCUGUCAUUUCUCUUUGCUUAUUUUAGCUGCUCUUGUCCUGAUAUGGACUAUCUUCUGUAUACCACACUUACCUUGUCACAACACAACUGAUUAGCUCAAAUGCAUUUGAAGGAAAGAAAUUUCAAAUUAACUUGACAUGUCACACCUGUUAAUUGAAAUGCAUACCAGGUGACUACAUCAUGAAGCUAGUUGAGAGAAUGCCAGGUGUGUGCAAAGCUACCAAUGCAAAGGGUGGCUACUUUGAAGAAUCUAAAAUAUGAAAUUGAUUUUGAUUUGUUAAACACUUUUUUUGGUUACUACAUGAUUCCAUAUGUGUUAUUUCAUAGUUUUGAUGGUUUCACUAUUUUUGUAGAAAAUAGUAAAAAUCAAGAAAAACCCUUGAAUGAGUAGGUGUGUCCGAACUUUUGACUGGUAAUGUAUAUAAAUCGUAUUCUUUAGAGGUGUAUGUCAAAUCGAGAGUCGAGGAAAUGGUGUUUGGGUUUUCUUUGUUCUCUUUUGUUUUUUUGCGGUUGAGUGACUUGAGACUUACGUUGUUGAUGGCUUUAUCUGAUUCAGGCUGAAGCUAAAAGCUGAGAUCUUCCUUAGAGGAAUGGAUUUACACAGCCAAUCAGAAUUAAUCUGUGCAUAUGCGCACGCACACACACACACACACAAACACGUUACAGCUGGCCAGGAGCACUUCCAGAAUUGGCCUAGCCAAUCACAAUAUCUAAACUCUUUCCACUAGUUUUCCUUUGAGUUCAAAGUUCACAGUUCACACAGAGGUCAAGGAGCCAUGGCAUUAGCUAAACCCACCGUUACACAAGAGCAUAGCAUCACACAGCCAAUGAUUUCUCAGGGCACAAACACACUGUAUGUGUGUGUUUUAAAAGGGAGCCAUGUGCCAAACAGUCUCUUCAGAUGAAGGGUGAAGUUGCACCUAGAUGCUGUUCUUGGGUCAGUUUUGCGUUUCCCCCAUUCAUAGUUAAGCAUAGGAUUUGGGUAGGGCGAGCUGAUCCCAGAACUAAACCUAGGGGACACUUUUCCUCCCAGGAGCGUGUCUCCAUCUGCGAGCCAGGCCGUCACAAGCCACAUCUCUCACACACAGUCCAAGACAUUGUGGCUUUGCUGCGUUUGUGUUCAAGGACAUAGAAAACAAUGUAGUUUAGGUGUACCUGCACAUGCUUGCCGUCACAGUGGAUUCUGUGUGUGUAGAACGUUUAUGGAAUUUGAAGUUGCCCAUACCGAAAAUAAAUUGAAUAUCAAACGUCAAAUAUAUUUAAAUGUAAUGGGCCUGUUGAAGAUUAGGCCAACAGUGCAUUCAAAAUAGCCUAUGCAUAAUGAUAAUGAGUAGGAGGCCCGACUGUUGCCAUAAUACAAUUAUUAUUUCAGAAUUUCCAUUUAGAAAACUACAUAGAUUAUGGGUCAAAUAAACUAACCACGCAAUUACUGUGCAUGUCAUGGAGAUUCUCAUGUAUUCAUAUAUUUAAUUGCUUACAAUUAGAAUGGGGGAAGACAUUUCCUAUCUAUUAUUUACGUAUCAUUCCAUUUACUUGUACUCCAUUGCAGAUAUUUAUUUUCGGUAUAGGUUGUUUGAGAAGAUGGCGUCAAAAUGUGAAGACAUCCCUCUCUGUUUUUCAACUGGGGCCUGUUCAGGAUGAUGAAAUGUUAUAGAAUGUUCCGAUAGAAAUGUGUUGUGUAGAACAUGUUUGUUUGUCAUAUGUAAUGGAGAUUUGUCAGCUCUAUUCAAUAUAUUUCUAUCUGCAA